GGGUCGCGGCGUCACUGGGGCGCUCCUCCCCUUCCGGGCCGGUGGGCGGCCGGUGCAACCCCAGCGCUGCGGGACCCCGGGCUGCCCUGACAAACAGACUCUGAUGGCUUCCGCACCAGCUUCAAAGCCUUCUGAAAAAACGGUGGCCUCUUGCGUGCCUUUUGCACAUCUGUGUUUUACCCUGGAGCGAAUACAGAAGUGUAAAUCCCGUCCAGAGAAAACCAAGUAUCUCAAGGAAUUUCUGGAUUCCUGGAGAAAAUUCCAUGAUGCUCUUCAUCAGAAAGAGAAAGAUGUCACCGAUUCUUUCUACCCAGCUAUGCGACUUAUUCUUCCACAGUUGGAAAGAGAAAGGAUGGCGUAUGGCAUUAAAGAAACUAUGCUUGCCAAGCUGUAUAUCGAACUGCUUAAUUUACCAAAAGAUGGAAAAGAUGCCGGAAAGCUUUUAAAUUACAGGACACCUACUGGCUCACGUGGAGAUGCUGGAGAUUUUGCAAUGAUCGCCUACUUUGUAUUAAAGCCCAGGAGCCCAAAGCAAGGCAGACUGAUGAUAGAACAAGUCAAUGAACACUUAGAUGCCAUAGCUAAUAAUAACGCUGCUAAAAACAAGGGUCUGUUAAAGAAAAGUCUUCUGCAGUUAAUUACCCAGAGCACAGCUCUGGAACAAAAAUGGCUCAUCCGGAUGAUUAUAAAGGACCUAAAGCUUGGUGUUAGUCAACAGACUGUAUUUUCCAUUUUUCAUCCUGAUGCUGCUGAAUUGUACAACGUCACAACUGAUUUGGAGAAAGUUUGCAGACAACUGCACGAUCCCUCUGUCUCGCUUAGUGAUGUUUCUAUCACGUUGUUCUCUGCCUUCAAACCGAUGCUUGCUGCCAUUGCUGACGUCCAGCAGGUUGAGAAGCAGAUGAAUGACCGGACGUUCUACAUAGAAACCAAGCUGGACGGCGAACGUAUGCAGAUGCACAAGGAUGGAGACAUCUAUAAGUAUUUCUCUCGAAAUGGGUUUGACUAUACUCAGCAGUUUGGUGCUUCCCCCCUGGACGGUUCGUUAACGCCGUUCAUUCAUACAGUGUUUAAGAGCGACAUACAAAACUGCAUUCUCGAUGGUGAAAUGAUGGCUUACAACCCUGAGGCGCAGACCUUUAUGCAAAAAGGAAACAGGUUUGACAUAAAAAGGAUGGUGGAGGACUCCGAUCUGCAGACCUGCUUCUGUGUGUUCGAUGUGCUGAUGGUUAAUGAUCAGAAGCUGGGGCACGAAGUGCUAAGCAAGAGGUACGAGAUUUUGAGUCGCGUGUUCACCCCGUUAACGGGCAGGAUGCAUGUUGUGCAUAAAAAAAGUGCCAGGACAAGGAAAGAAGUAAUUGACGCUUUAAAUGAAGCGAUAGACAACAGAGAAGAAGGGAUUAUGGUGAAGGAUCCCAUGUCCACCUACAAGCCUGACAAACGUGGGGAAGGCUGGUUAAAAAUCAAGCCGGAAUACGUCAAUGGGCUGAUGGAUGAGCUCGACCUUCUAAUUGUGGGUGGUUACUGGGGGAAGGGCUCACGUGGUGGAAUGAUGUCUCAUUUUCUGUGUGCUAUUGCGGAGACGCCCCCUCCAAAUGAGAAGCCUACCGUUUUCCACUCCAUUUGUCGUGUUGGCUCUGGCUACACUAUGAAGGAAUUGUAUGACUUGGGUUUGAAACUGGCUAAACACUGGAAGCCCUACCAUAGGAAGGACCCUCCCUGUAACAUUUUAUGUGGAACUGAAAAACCUGAAAUGUACAUUGAACCUUGCAACUCUGUCAUAGUUCAGGUCAAGGCAGCUGAGAUUGUUAACAGUGAUAUGUACAAAACUGACUGCACUUUGAGAUUCCCUCGAAUUGAGAAGAUAAGAGAGGACAAAGAAUGGUAUGAGUGCAUGACUUCAGACAUGUUAGAAGAUCUCAGAAGCAAAGCAGAAGGGAAGCUGGCAUCUAAGCACCUUCAUAUAGAUGAGUAUGAUGAGCCACAAGAGAAAAAAAGGAAAACUGUGUUAAAGGUGAAGAAGGUAAUUGGAAUAGCUGAGCAAUUUAAAGCUCCUGAUCUUUCUAGUGUGAACAAAGUUUCAAAUGUAUUUGAAGAUGUUGAGUUUUGUGUUAUGACAGGAACGGGAAAAUACUCAAAGUCUGAACUGGAAAGCAGAAUUGCAGAAUGUGGUGGCAGCGUGGUGCAGAACCCGGGGCCCGAAACGUACUGUGUGAUUGUAGGAGCUGAGAAUGUCAGAGUGAAAAACAUCAUUGCUUCCAACAAAUACGAUGUGGUAAGAGCAGAGUGGCUCCUUCGGUGUUUUCAAACCAAAAUGCUGGUGCCUUGGCAACCGGCCUUCAUGAUUCACAUGUCUCCUGACACCAAAGAACAUUUUGCUCGUGAGUAUGAUUGUUAUGGAGACAGCUAUACAGCAGACACAGAUGUUGCACAACUCAAGGAAGUGUUCUCGAGAAUGAAAGGCAGGAUGGUGAUGCCUUUGGACAUGAUUGCAGAAUUAGAAGAACGUUAUUCGUGGAACAGCUGUCAGCUCAGUAUAUUCAGAGGAAACACUAUUUAUGUAGACUAUUAUGCUGCUCUUAAUGAGCCUGGAACCGAAAUCAGUGGAACGACACUAUCAAUUAGAGCUUUGGAGCUCCGUUUUUAUGGUGCAAAAGUAGUCCCUCACCUUGAGGAGGGUGUCUCCCACGUUGUUGUAGGAGAAGAUCAUUCCCGAGUAAAGGAAAUGAAAACAUUAAGGAGAACAUUUGGGAAAAAAUUUAAAAUUGUAUCGGAGCUGUGGGUAACAGAGUCAGUAGAGGAAGGAGUCCUAAGGAAUGCAAAUGAGUACUUAAUUUAAAGCAGUUUUUAAGCUUGGGGUAAAAGCAUUCCUGGACUUGGAUACCGUGAGGUUGCUAUAAUUUUUUUGUUUCUCUUCAUGUCUGUUUAAAGCUGUCUGUGGCUAAAGAGUAACAGUGUGUUGCUGAAAUCAGAGGAAGGCUUUUAAUUAUAUUGUUGUGGAAGGAAGAGGAUGUUAAGCUGUGUUGGAGGAGAAAAAGAAAACCACCACAAGAUAAAUAAUGGAAGCUUUUUAUUUUACAAACAGGUCUCGGGAGAGGUGUAAUAUUUUACAUAAGAGAAUUCCUAUCUAUUUAUAGUGCUUGCCUCCAUUGUUCAAAAUGGAGACAAUAAUUUGCUAUUUUAUGGAGAUUCUGCUAUUUAAGAUGUAGUUUAUUUAUCAAUUUACAGUUACCUUUAUGCUAUUUGUGGGAUUUAUGUAUAUACCGAAUGAUAUAGAAUUUAGUAAUUUAUAAACCUUGUCUGUAUUAUUUUGUUUACAUCACAGGUUUUAGCUUUCAGCUCCAUGGUGCUUCAGUAGCACUUCGAUUGAUUCCAUGUUUCUUGCUGGAAAUAACCAUUGCAAGAUAGAACUUAAACUUCUGAUUGAGGUGCUAAUGAAUUAAUAAUGACCUACAUGGCUGUAAAAUACAAAUAAUUGACUUAAAAGCUGUAAAGACCUCCUAUGCUCAUUACAGUUAAACCAUGAAGUGUGAAAGAGAUAGGCUUUUAUGCUUAACUGUCCCUUCAUCUUUUAUAAGCUAUUUUAGUAGUGUAGGUUUAAUUGCCAAAUAUCCAGCUCAGUGUUGUUUUUUUUCAA